UACUUACAACAAGAAAACCUCACAUCUACGUGCCAGACGUUUAUUUUGGAAAGCUCAAAUUUAAAAGAAUAUGCAGAACACUGUACUGAUGAAGGUUUUAUUCCAGCCUGCUUACUGUCCUUAUUUGGAAAAAACUUGACAACAAUUUUGAAUGAAUAUGUAGCCAUGAAGGCAAAAGAGACAUCAAAUGAGGUCCCAACAAUAAUGUCAUCUCUGUGGAAGAAGCUAGACCACACCCUUUCUCAGAUCAGGAACAUGCAAAGUUCUCCAGGGUUUGCCGCCCAUCAGAGAGCCCGAACAAGAAACGGAAUUGCAGAAAUCAAGCGACAGAGGUGGCUUGCAUCUCAGGCAGCUCCCGUCAAUUCAGAGUUACUGGUUUUACCUUAUGGUUCAGGACAAUUUACCACUUCUUCUUUGGUAGCCACACAAGCUGUUAAACCAACUGGUCAAAUUUCAACUCCAGUGAGAUCAAAUAUUGUAGUAGUCAACCAGUCACAGUCACAAAAUACUGUCACUACUGCAGAGUCUUUAAAUAUCAUACCUGGUCCUCAGGAAAGGAAAACUAAUACCAGUUUAAUGUCUCCUGGUAGGCGGAAAAGUGAAUCACAAAGGAAGAGUUUCACAUCGUCUGGAUCUCAUUCUUCAAUAAGGAAUUUACAAGAUCCAAAUGCAUUUGCAGUAGAAAAACAAAUGGUUAUUGAAAAUGCAAGAGAGAAGAUAUUAAGCAACAAAUCUCUUCAAGAAAAGCUAGCAGAAAACAUAAAUAAGUUUUUAACUAGUGAUAAUAGUAUUGCUCAAGUACCUAAGCAAACAGACAACAACCCUACUGAGCCAGAAACUUCAAUUGAUGAACUCUUAGUGCUUCCGAGUGAAAUCCACAUGUCUGAAGAAGCAAUACAAGAUAUAUUGGAACAGACAGAAUCAGACCCAGCAUUUCAGGCUCUCUUUGAUCUCUUUGACUAUGGUAAAACAAAGAAUAAUAAAAAUAUAUCACAAAGUGUUUGUAGUCAACAUAUGGAAACUAAUCCUAAUAUAGUCUUAACUGAAGAAACUAAUCUAGCAAUUAAAAGUUCUUUUGAAACAGAAGAAUCUGAUGGGCAAUCUGGUCAGCCUCCCUUUUGUACAUCCUUUCAAAAUGAAGAUGUAUUAUUAAGUGAUUUGAAGAAUGGUAAUAGCCACGAUGUUCUUCAACAAGAAUCCCAGGAAAAUUUCUCCCAAAUAAACACUAACAUUCAAAAAAAGGUCUUUAAAACAGCUGUACCUGCUGAACAGAAGUGUGCCCUUGAUAUUACCUUUGAGUCUGUGUCUAAUUUGAGUGACUUUAACCAAAGAGGAGGCUCUACUGAAUGUAAUGACCAUUGUUCUGAGUUAUACACCAGUCAGAUGCCCACUGACACUGAAAGGGCUGUGGAGGUUGAAAAGGAUUCUUUGUCUACAAGUGUGCUGAAUGAACCUCAGAUACAGCCUGAUCAGCCUGAUAUGCCAGUGACGUCAUUUGUGUCCCUUGGUAGUGAAGCCAAUGAUGAAAACUUAAUUCUCUCUGGGAAAAAUACCCAGCUUUUGUCCCAGGAUACUCCAUUAACUGGAAAGCCAUCUAAAAGUCAAUUUUGUGAAAAUUCUAACAAUAUAAUAAAAGUUAAAGCUAAUUCCCAUGGUUCCGAGUCACUAGAGUCUUGUCAAACUCAAAGCAGUAAAAUUGAAACUAAUGGUGUAUCAUCAGUUGCAGCACAGCCACUACCAGAUUGCCAAGAUAAUUCUCCAUUGCAAAGUAAAGCAUCACCUGGGACUGUCGAAAGUUCAGGUUUAAAUGUAUCUGAACAAAUAGAAAUUCAUCUUGAAGAAUCAGUCCCUUCAGAUAAACAGCUAUCUAAUGGUUCAGCAUCUGUUGACUUGAAUCAUAUGGAAAACAAGCCUGAGACCCUUAAGUCUAAGAACUCUCAAGAGCCUUCCUCUUCUGUGAAAGAUGGAGAUACAAUUUUUCUCUCUUUGGGUGAACACAACAGCUGUGAAGAAGUUGCACUGGUUCCCCGAGAGGAUAAUCCUGUGAAAAAUAAUCAUUCGCUUCCUUCAGAAUCUGGUGGUUCAGUGGGAGGGUCUCCUGAGACCCAAAGUACUGAUGGUAAGCCUAGCAAAGACUCAGUGGAGGUGGAUGCGUCAAGUAUUGUGUCUCUCAAAAUUAUCAUUAGUGAUGAUCCAUUUGUUUCCUCAGAUGCAGAGCUUAACAGCGCUGUAUCUAGUAUCAGUGGAGAAAACUUGCCAACGAUAAUUCUGUCUUCUAAAUCUCCUGCCAAAAAUGCAGAAUUUGUUACAUGCCUGUCUUCAGAAGAAACUACAAGUGCUGUUGUAUCUGUGGAAGUAGGGGAUUCUGGCUCAUUGGAGCAGAACCUUGUAGUGCUGAAACCUGAGGAACCUGUGGUAAGCAAUCCUCAGAGUGAAGAUGGCAUUACUUUUUCAACCAGUGUUGCACCAUGUGUUCCUAAGGACGGAGGAUACAUACAGUUGAUGCCUGCCACAAGCACAGCCUUUGGCAAUUCAAGUAACAUUUUGAUAGCUACCUGUAUGACUGAUCCAACAGCCUUGGGACCAACUGUCAGUCAAUCUAAUGUAGUGGUAUUGCCUGGGAAUUCUGCACCUAUGACUGCACAGCCUCCUCCACAGCAGUUACAGACACCACCAAAGUCUAACAGUGUAUUUGCUGUCAACCAAGCUGUGUCACCAAACUUUUCACAAGGCUCUGCUAUCAUAAUUGCUUCUCCAGUACAGCCUGUGCUUCAAGGAAUGGUGGGAAUGAUACCUGUGUCUGUGGUUGGACAGAGUGGAAAUACAUUCUCUACUCCUCCUCAGCAGGUCCUUCAUAUGCCUUUAGCAGCACCUGUUUGUAACAGAAGUAUUACUCAGUUCCCCGUUCCUCAAAAAUCUCAGAAGGCUCAGGGACUCAGAAACAAGCCUAUUACAGGAAAACAAGUAAAUAAUUUGACAGAUUUGUCCAGUCUUUCAGGAGCAUGUCAUAUGCAAAGUAGAACUGAAGCUUCUGAUAAGAAUAUAGCCCCUGAACUUGGGAAAAAAUUAGAAGAGGUCACAAUUCCCCUCUCAGCAGAGAGGAUAGCUCCUGCCAGCAAGCCAUUUGAAAGUCAUAGGCGUGUGCUCUGUUUCGAUAGCACUGUUUCUUCUGUGACAAAUACGCAGGGGCCACAGAAUAAGAUGACCUCCCAAAACAAAGAAAAGAAGGAUACGUCCUUUCCUCCUACUGACUCAGCCAUUGCCCCCUCCUCCUUAAAACCACCUUCUAAUAGUGCCAUUAAAAGAGAGAGAGAGAAAACUGUGCCCAAGAUUUUAUCUAAAUCAGAAGCUGCCUUUAGCCGACACACCACUGUGAAAGAAAUUCAGUCUGAAAAGAAAGUUUUCCCCACAGAAGUGGCCCUUGAGUCUUUCCAUAAAGCAACAGCUAACAAGGAGAAUGAGUUGUGCAGUGAUGGGGAAAAACAGAAGAGUCCAGACUCUUCAAAACUGCCUGUUGGGCAACAGAAUGGGAGCUUGCGGAAUGAAAAAGCUAUAGCUUCCCUGCAGGAGUUGACCAAAAAACAAGCCACAUCCUCAAACAAUAAAAAUGCAACUUCUCUAGGUGGAACUGUGAAGGACCUAAAACAAGAGCAAAGUAAAUCUACUAAUUCUUUAAUUGGUGCAGAAAUAUUGCAGGAUGUUCCACUGCACAGCCCAGCAAAUAGGAUUGCUGAUACUGAUUUGCCAGUACCCCGGACACCUGGCUCAGGAGCAGGGGAAAAGCAUAAAGAAGAACCCGCCGACAGUAUGAAGGCGCCCUCUAGUAGGCGCUUUGGUGAAGAUGGCAGCAUGCCCAGAAUAAUGGUCCCUCCUGUUACUGCAGACUUGCCUGCCUGCAGCCCAGCCAGUGAAACAGGCAGUGAAAAUAGUGUGAGCAUGGCUGCUCAUACGCUUAUGAUUCUCUCUAGAGCAGCAAUCGCUAGGACGACAGCAACUCCUCUGAAAGAUAACACACAGCAAUUUAGAACAUCUUCAAGGAGCACUACAAAAAAGCGGAAAAUUGAAGAAUUAGAUGAGCGGGAGCGAAACUCCCGUACUUCUACUAAAAAUCUUGCAAAUUCAUCAGUACCAAUGAAAAAGAAGAAAAUCAAGAAAAAGAAGCUACCUAGUUCAUUUCCAGCAGGAAUGGAUGUGGACAAAUUCUUGCUGUCGUUGCAUUAUGAUGAGUGAACCCCCUGAUGUAGAGAACAGUAGCUGUUUAAAACUAGUGUCCUUCAGACUGUGCGUGUAGGAAAUGGGAUCGCGACAGACUCUGCAAACAUGACCUGCACUUUCAUUGUACUGAGAUUUCACUUUAUAUCUUAAGUCAUGCUGUUUCUGAAGCAGCAUCCUGGUUUGUAAAUAGACUUCCUUGCUAUAUUUUUAUUUUAGAAAAAAAGAAAAUGUGCAAAAAUGUAAGUAAAGCCAAUCUGAAACUGUA